UUUGUAGGCCACAAACGAAGGAACUGACUGGUCGUAUUCCCAGAAACGAUGGUGCUCGGACAAAUCGCCAAGCUGUACCAGAAGAGCGUGGCGAAGCAGCUUCGUCAGCUCGGCCUUCGUUACGACGAUGCCCUCGUCGAAACCGCUGAAGUCCAGCGUGCUGUCCACUGGCUCAACCGGGACCAGUCUUUGGCCCGCACCCGCCGUCUGUCUCGUGCCGCCGACUUGAGCUUCAAGCGCGCGUACUUGCCUGAAGAAAUCCAAAACAUCCAAGAGCCAUUCAACUUUUACUUGCAAGACAAGGUGGCUGAAGCCACCGAAUUGGCCGACGAACGCAACAAGUUGACCAAGUGGUAAGCGCGCCCGCGAGUAGAAGAUAUGCAUGACAAUUGGAACAUUGUGACCACUGCUUGUUCCGCCGUCCAGGCGACCCGCCAAACACGAACACUCUAGAUAUUACGUCGGUGGGGGGAGUUUUACACGAAUCUACAUCUUGCCGUGGUUCCGCACGCCAGGAUUUGUUAGUUGUCGCUGUUCUGAAGGCUCGUAAAUAUCUUGACAUCCAAGUCCGCAUCUCCUUGUAACAUCGUCGACAGCGCAGUGCGGUGCGCCGGCGGGAGAGACAUCUU